AUGGUAAACUGGACCUUCACUGCGACCCUUGUCGUCACUACUAUUUUCUCCUUCACCGCGGAGGCGAACCCCCACCGGUACCGCCAUCAUCACCUAAGGCGGGCAACAACUCCAUCUUACACUCUUGUCUACUCUGGUGUCAAAAGGGUCCCAGGCUUUGACGACUGUAUCGACUUCACCAGUCUCGAAAGUUCAGGAACCUACUCCACUGUAGCUAAAGAAUGUGCGAGUACCGCAGAUGUUCCUACUACGGGAGCAAAGUUCUUUGCGGUCUAUCAGACUGAUGACCAAAAGGGGACAAACUUUUGGUGGUGUGGGUGGUGGGAGACUCCGAUUUCAGAUAUGGCUGAUGUGAUCGAGAGUUAUCAGGAGGAUGGAGAUGCGAUUUAUAAAGCCUAUGGGUAUAAUUUUACUCCGUCCGCGAGUUCUUUAGCAUCAUCGUCGAGUGUUAAGGGAUCUACCUCCUCUUCGGCUUCCACCAAGGGUAGUACUUCCACUCCAAUUUCUGUUAAGGGAACGGCUUCGACUUCCACCAAGGUUGCUUCUCCGACUUCAAGUUCGGCCAAGGGCGCCACCUCAACCAGUGUUUCGAGUACUACACCUGUGGUUAAUACUUCUAAGUCUGACUCGACGUCUGCUGUUAAGAAGUCUUCAACGUUGGGGAGUGAUGCUAAGUCCUCAUCUACUUUGAAGACGACAUCUACGUCUUCGACUGUAAAUGCUUCUAUCUCUCCCGCUGGGAGUGCUUCCUCCUCUGCAAACACACCCCCCUUUAGCGUUAGUUCUUUGACAAGUGGAAAUACUGCUUCCUCAACUCAUACUGGAAAGACAAAGUUGAAGACUUCAUCUAGUUCUGCCACUUCAUCUAGUUCUUCCACUUCAUCUAGUUCUUCCACUUCAUCUAGCACUGGAACGGUCUCAGCAACACCGAAUGUGGGAUCUGAUUUACCUACUACUCCCACUACUUUGGCCAAAAAAGCUUCCUCCACGGGAAGUAGCUCAUCUUCAACCGGGAAUACUUCAUCCUCCAUAAAGAAGACUUCUUCUUCUUCUGUAGGAAAGAUCUCUUCGACUACCCCGUCCGCCACUACUACAAGCAAGGUUGGCACACUUUCUUCCGGCUCUCAAGCUCCCAGCAAGUUUUCAACCCAAAUAGCCCCUCCUGGUGUAACGACGGUAACAUACGUCGCCACAGCCACCGGUAUUGCCGGAUUCUCAUUUGUAACAGGCGCCAUAAACGCCGUACCCUCACAGAAUAUCAUAAACUAUUGGAUUUCCGACACCGAUCUAAACGCCAAAUCUCCACAAGUAUCUUGCGCAAACCACUGUUCCUCGGAUAGCUCCUGCAAGUCCUUCGCAGUCUGGGCCCAACAAACCUGGUUUAAUUGUGUAGUUUACUCCGUUGCAACUACCGCUUCGAUCCUAGAAACAAGUAACAUGACAACUCUCGACGACGGUUCCAUUUCCUCAGCAAUAAUCUUCAAUAAAGGAAAGGACACAAACCUAUCACUUAAAUAUUCCUUCGAAAACCCAAAAUGUGGUAUGAAGGGAUACCUAUGGAGCUCAAACGCUUUCCCAGACAGCGGACUAGACGACAUAGAUGACAUAGUCACCUGUGCAAACUACUGUAAAUCUCAAUCAGGCUGUUUGACUUACGAAUGGCAACCGUCAAUCCAGCGCUGCCAGACAUGGAAUAAAGACAUGUUCGCGGCCGGUUACCUAACCUACGACCCCACGUCGACAACGUUCUGGUAUGAUCCCAAAUGCGAUCUAUCCAAGGCUCUUAGCCCAACUUUCAGAAAUACUAGAUUAACUGCCGACCAAAAGACAAAGUACUGUGGAAUGAAGGGGAAUUAUAAUAGUGCGGCGAGUGACAAUACAUACAAGGUUUACAACGUGGCUACUGCAGAUGAGUGCGGGAAGUGGUGUCACGUUUAUCCGGUAUUUAACAGUUAUAGGUGGAGUACGGCUGACGGAUCAUGUAUCUGCCAAGCACCGAGCAUUGGGAUGGCAGUGAUUGCGAAUAGUUCUAGUACGGAUGUGCACUAUUUGAUGGAUUGUUAUUCAAAAAUGUAUUAUUUGUACACCGAUAUGACUGAUUUGUAA